AUGCUUUCAACUCGUGCUGUCACUGCAUCGGUACGAUGUCUUACAACAGCGCCACAUUCUUCAACUGGCUUAUGUGGCCCGGCAGUACGAUUGCUCAUGUUACAAUAUGGAGUUAAUGAAAAAGAUGUGAAAGGGACAGGACCAAAAAGUAAUAUUCUGAAAAGUGAUGUUCUCGAAUUUGUCAAGAAAAGUGGUUUGAAACCCGUGGUUGUUACUGUUGCUCCUCCUCCUGAACCAGCUGCACGUGCUCCACCAUCCAAACCGGCUGAAGCCCAGAAACCCUCGACAAAGCCGAUCGGAUCUGUUCGCCAUGUUGAGAAGUUCGUUGACCUUCCACUUUCCAAUGAACGCGCCACUGUUGCACAGAAACUAGUCCAGUCAAAGCAAUCGAUUCCUCACGGAUAUCAGUCGGCCACGGUCCAAGCAGACGCUAUAAUGGCUAUUCAGGCAGAAUUGAAGGAGAAGGGUGUUGAUGUGUCAUUCAACGAUUUUGUCAUCAAAGCAGCAGCACUCGCCCUCCGGGCCGUGCCCGAGGUAAAUGUGCAGUAUACUCCUGAACAGGUAUCUUUCCUCCCAAUGGUCGACAUUUCUGUUGCAUUUGGGCUCAAAAACUUCGUAGUGAAGUCAGCCGACAUACUUGGUGUUCAAGAUAUAUCCGUCAGAGUGAAGGAUAUGGCUACCCGUGCAAGCGAAAAUAAGCUACAGCCCAACGAGUCCCAAGGAGGAUCGUUCACAAUUUCAUAUUUGGGCAUGUUCGACAGCGUGGAGCAGUUCACAGCUAUCAUCACUCCACCACAAGCAGCAAUUCUCACCGUUGGAGGAACUAGAAUGGAGUUGGAUGAGGAAUUCAAACCGCGACAUAGGUUCACAGCUACGCUGUGCUUCGAUGCUAGAGCAAUAACGGAAACUUCCGCACGACUCUUUUUGGAUCAUUUUGCCGCUUCACUGUCGGAUCCGGACUUCAUGGUUGCUGAACCGAUCAGUCCUGAACUGAACUUUGAUUUUGCUCGUCUUCUUUAG